ACUCUUCUCCGUCUACAUCGCAAAAUCUCUGGGUUUUGCACUCUACAGUUUUCCCCCAAAACCCCAAAUCUGAAUCGAAGAGGUUAAAGUGACGGCACCGUCGCUGUCCGCCUUGAUCGAGCACUAAAAGCUUCGUCUUGGCCCUCAUUUUUGCCACUCCCCAAAAACGCAAAGGAAAAUCUCUUCAAUUCGUAUCUAGGGUUUUAGCUGUAACUGUAAAAUUGCUAACUGUAAAAUAGUUAGCAAUAGAAGUUUAGAUUUAUUUUAUUUUUUGUGAGAGUUAAGAAAAAGUGAGAUUUUGCGAACAUGGUUACCAAGGUAUCAAAGGCUGAUAAGAAGAUCGCUUAUGACCAGAAGCUUUGCCAGCUUCUGGAUGAGUACUCGCAGGUUCUGAUAGCGGUGGCUGAUAACGUUGGGUCGAAUCAGCUCCAGAAUAUCAGGAAGGGUCUGAGAGGCGACUCUAUUGUGCUGAUGGGAAAGAAUACCAUGAUGAAAAGGACCAUUAGAGUCCAUGCUGAGAAGACUGGAAAUCAAGCUAUCCUUAACCUUAUCCCUCUCCUUGUUGGAAAUGUUGGGUUGAUCUUUACCAAGGGUGACUUGAAGGAAAUCAGUGAGGAGGUUGCCAAAUAUAAGGUUGGAGCUCCUGCUCGUGUUGGUUUGGUUGCUCCUGUUGAUGUGGUGGUCCCACCUGGAAAUACUGGACUUGAUCCAUCCCAGACUUCUUUCUUCCAGGUUCUCAACAUUCCCACCAAGAUUAACAAGGGUACUGUUGAGAUUAUUACACCUGUGGAGCUCAUCAGGAAGGGUGACAAAGUAGGUUCUUCUGAAGCUGCUCUGCUUGCCAAGCUUGGGAUUAGGCCCUUCUCUUAUGGGCUUGUGGUCUUGUCUGUUUAUGAUAAUGGAUCUGUUUUCAGCCCUGAGGUGCUUGAUCUGACAGAAGAUGAUCUCAUUGAGAAAUUUGCUCUGGGAGUCUCCAUGGUCACUUCAUUGUCAUUGGCCAUCUCUUACCCAACCCUAGCUGCUGCACCACAUAUGUUCAUCAAUGGCUACAAGAAUGUGUUGGCUAUUGCUGUCGAGACAGAUUAUUCCUUCCCACAGGCUGAUAAGGUGAAGGAGUACCUUGAGGAUCCUAGCAAAUUUGCUGUUGCUGCAGCUCCAGUUGCGGCUGCUGAUUCAGGUGCUGCCCCUGCUGCUGCCAAAGAGGAAGAGAAGAAAGAAGAACCUGCAGAGGAGUCUGAUGAUGAUAUGGGUUUCAGUCUCUUUGAUUAAGACUGAUGUUUGUCUUCAGGAAUCUUAUAUAUUAAAAUUAGCUUGUGGGACAUUUGAUUUUGAUUUCUCGAUGUUUUUAUGAAGUUGACGUAUCUCAUGACUUUCCAUUUUUUGAUAUACUAAAGACCAUGGCACCAUUUGGUUUUGACUUG